AUUCUUUUCGUGAUUAAUAAGUGUCUAGAUUUCUAGUAGACGAACUCAACGCUAAUCCAAGUUUUCAAGUUCGAAUAUGCUUUUCCAUCUACAAUACUACGUUUCUAGGUAAACCAAACAACAGAAACCGUGUUAAGAGAUUUCACUUUGAUUCCCAUUAAUUCGUUGAUGCAUGUGUCAACAAUCGCGUCGCGUCGUGACUUCAUUUUCGCGUCGCGAUCUAAAUUAAGAUAUAAAUGAUGGCUAAGAUAGUUGGAUCUUGCAAAUAUUCAUCUCCAUUAAAUAAUCAACAGCAUUAAGAAUGAGUUUCCUUGUUCAAAAACUUUCUGAUAAAGCUACGAUACCUACCAAAGGUUCUGCUCUGGCCGCUGGCUAUGACUUGUAUGCAUCAGCCGAAUGCACAAUUCCAGCUAAUGGAAAAGCUUUGGUAGACACAGAUUUGUCUAUUGCCGUCCCACAAGACACUUACGGACGUAUUGCUCCACGAAGCGGAUUAGCUGCCAAGCACUUUAUUGAUGUUGGUGCCGGUGUUAUCGACGCUGACUAUCGUGGACACGUUCGCGUUUUGCUCUUCAACCAUGGAAACUCAGAUUUCCCAGUCAAAAUCGGUGACCGUGUUGCACAAAUUAUCUUAGAGAGAAUUGUAACUCCUCCUGUAUUGGAGGUUGAAAACUUGGAGGCUACUGUUCGUGGCUCUGGUGGUUUCGGAAGCACUGGUGCUUAAAAAAUUGGGUACUGAUAUAUAAUUUUUAGGAUUUUUUAGGAUUCGUGCAUUUUUGUUUAACUUUCUUUGAUGAUUCCAUUCCGUUAUGUCUAUGUAUAAUAAAACUGAUUCCCUUCUAAGUAAUUUACAAUUUCAGACCCUAAGUCUCGAGUUUUUUUCUUUUUUUUUUUUGACAUGAUUGUUGCUGUAAUCAUUUACUUCAAUUUCUAUUAAAAUUCGAUGAGAGUACUAUCCAUCAUUAUAAUUAAAUCACGUUUCUUA